UUUUCCUUACUAUUGGUCGCUGUAAAAUCAGUGGAAGGGUUGUUCUUAUGUUUAGUUCUUACAAUAGUUUGCCGCAGUCUGUUAACCGAGGAAGCUUGUGCAAUGUUAUUUUGCUAAGUGAUUUGUUGUAUAGGCAAACUGACAUUAGAAAAGGUUGUGAUUGUCUUACCUCCAGUUGUCUGUCCUCGUUAAACGCAGAAAUAAGAGGAUGACACUUCGCUUUGCGUUAACCAUCAUUAGACAACAAAGUAUUAAAUCCAUUGAAAAACUUCCUUGGAGAUAUGUCAGACCAUUGAGUGGUGAAACAAGGUACAACAAGGAAAAGCUUCUUCAAGGACAAGGUGUGGAUGAACCCCUGUCUGAAAUGGGCUUUAAGCAGGCAGAGGCAGCUGGGCAGUUUCUGCAGCAUGUGAAGUUCACUCACGUGUUUUCCAGUGACCUCCAGCGAGCUAAACAGACUGCUGCUGUAAUUUUAGCUAACAACUGGCAUAAAGACCUAGAAAUAAUCUAUGACACAAGGCUGCGUGAAAGAAAAUAUGGUGUUGCUGAAGGAAAUCCACUUAGUCAAUUGCGGGCAAUGGCCAAAGCUGCAGGAACACAAUGUCCAUCUUUCACACCUCCUGGGGGAGAGACACUGGAACAGGUACGUAAUCGAAUUAAAGACUUCUUUCAGUAUGUUUGCCAGCUGAUAAUGGACCAGUAUUCUCAGCAGUCUCAUCCUAGACAAGUUCAACGUGCAACAGCCAGCAAUGGCUUCCAGACUGUAUCUGAUACGUUUUCCGUUCAGAAAAGCCAUUUGGAUGACAGUAACAUUUCUUCAGUAACACAAGAUUCAGACGUCGAUCUAGUGGCUCAAGUGCUAGUGGUCAGUCAUGGUGCCUACAUGAGAACAUGGAUUAAAUACCUGGUUGAUGAGUUGCACUGCACCUUUUCACCUGACCUAACAAAGUCUCAGAUAUUUUCUGGUAGUCCUAACACUGGGAUAAGUAAUUUCAUUGUAAGCCUUGAGGCAGAGAACUGUAAGCCGGACAUUAACUGCAUUUAUAUAAACAAGCAUGAGCACCUUGAAACUGUUAAUAUUGCAAUAGACUUCAGUCCACAGCAAGGGGCUCUAGAUAUCUAAUAAUCCAGUGUUGCAUCAUGGUCUAGCACUUUCAAACUUAGUAAUUAUUUAUUAUAGAGACAUCACGGCCCAUUCACACUGCUCCUUCCAUUGCAGAGAAGGUGCUCUUAUUACUGUAAGUCUGACAUUUUUUCAUUGACUACUUAUGUUGUAUUUUAGUCAUAGUCAUAUUUAAUAUUAAAAGAAAUCACUUGUACUGUC